AUAGCUAUAAAUAAUAGUGUUCGUAGGUUCGAAAAUAGCGUCUACAACCCGCUCGUAGAAAUUUCCGUAUAUAACGACCCUAAAGCCAAUAGUAUUAAUAAUUAUACUAUAUUAGAAGUAUUAAUAAAUAUAGUAAGGAAUAAGAAUAAGGAGGUAACUAUUAUAAGAGUUCGGCCUUAA